GAUUAAGAAGCCUGAAAACAGAAAUACUUUAUUAGUCUCACUCAGUCUUUAUUAUUUACACCUAGUCCUACUCCUAUAAAAAAACACAAAACUUUUCCUAGACAAAAACAGAAGGCAACGUCACAACUCGCUAGCUGCCUCGUCUGUCUCUCUCUUUCUGCAAAGUUCAAACUGGAAAACGUUGUGUAGAGCGUUGGGCGUUGAGCGUUGGGCAAUCAGCUGUUCUUAUUAGCAUUAUGAUUAUGUCCAGUUCAGGUUCGAAGCAGCAACCGUCCUCGUCAAAGCCGCCCAAAACCCCUAACCCCAUCACCCACCCCGACCUCCUUAACCCUAACCCCGCCGCCGCCAAAUCCAAUAUCAUCAAAAUGUCCCCUCCUCCUAAUCCUCUGGGUCUUACCCCGCAGGACGUGGUUCUGUCACGCGCCUCCCAUCUCACGCGCCAGGAACUCAUGAAGCGCCGAUUGCAGCACCUCAAGCAGCUCUCUCGAUGCUACCGAGACCACUACUGGGCUCUCAUGGAAGACGUCAAGAUCCAGUAUAGGGACUACUACUGGAAGUUCGGCGUCAGCCCUUUCAGGCAUGAGCUUAAUCAUGAUCCCGCAGAUGGAGAUAUUGGUGCUAAUCCUAGUAAUAACAUUGAGGGCUCUGCUGAUAACAAUCUUGUUAACAACAACAAUUAUAAUAUCAAUGUUAAUGUUAAUAAUCAUAAUAAUACUACUUUGGAUUUUAAGAACAAUCACCGCUGUUUGUUUGUUGGGUGUAAAUUCAAGGCCAUGGCUUUGACUAGCUUUUGCCAUCUCCAUAUUCUCUCCGAUUCCAAGCAGAAGCUUUAUAAGGCUUGCACUUAUGUCAUCAAGAGUGCUCAGGCAGGACCUAUAACAUGUGGAAAGCCUAUACUCAGAUCCACCGUUCCUUCUCUCUGUACAGUCCACUUCCAAAAGGCUCAGAAACAUGUUAACAGGGCCUUGAAGAAAGCAGGUCUAAAUGUUGCCUCAUCAAGUAAGCUUGCUCCUAAGUUUCAUGUCAUAGUGGCAGAAUAUGUACAUCAAAUCCAAGCCAAAAGAAGAGCCGCUCCAAAGGGAGAUACAAGCAAACCUACAAUUAAGGAAGAGAGUGCUAGCUGAACCUUACUCUCAGCAACUGCAGAUGUAACAAAGGCUGGUGAAAAUCAACAAAAAAUCAAAGCCAUCAAUCCAGGUGUCAACUUGCUGCCUGACAAUGGAGCCCAAGUCAAAGUGCAUUUUCAUCAUUGACGUAUUAGUACUGACACGGGAAUCAUAGACAUCAAUGAACUCCGCUGUGAAACAAUCUGCUUCACACAAUGUGCAUGCCUUCUCAGCUUGAUGAGUUUACCGGAAGUGGUGUGACAAAGGUGGUUUCAAGCCUUAAAAACUUGGACAUUUCCAACUUGCUUAUUCAACUGAAGAUUCAUUCCUGAUAUUAUAGUAUUUGUAAUAUAUGGAGCCCUGGAGAAGCUUCAAACCCUUUCUGGCAGGUUGUAGACAAGAACCUCUAUAUCAAGCCUUGUAUAGCAUAACCAAUUCAAAUAGUUUCAAUAGGACACUCCCGGAGCUUGUGCUUGUUCCUCUUGUUCCUUGUUGAUUUAUGAGCAUCUGUAAUCAGGUAAUAGAUGGAUCUUAGUAGUGAAUUUCGUUGCUAAGAUUAGUCUAUCUAGAAAUCAAGAAUGCAGCUUCCAAAAUCUAUACGUUUGUUUGAUUGCUA